AUGCUUUUGGCCUUGCUGCUUGCGCUUGCUGGCGUGGUGGCCUCCACAGCGCAGUCAUAUGACUAUGGCAUCGAUAUAGACCAGCUCGUUCGCAGACAGGAUCCCGCGGCCAAGAUUAUCGUCGGCAAGCUACCCCUGGCUUCUAAUGGAAGCACGCCCACCAGGCCCGAGAUUCGCGACAUGAGAAAGGACGGAUACAUGUGGGAUCUGUAUAUUCUGGCGCUGAGCAUGUUCCAGUCUGUCAGCCAGGACCAGUCGCUGUCGUGGUACCAAGUUGCAGGUAUACAUGGUGUUCCAUUUCAGCCGUGGAACGGCGUUCAACCGGCACCGGGGUCAAGCCAGUCAGGCUACUGCACUCACAGCUCAGUUUUAUUUCCGACGUGGCACCGGCCAUAUCUAGCACUCUAUGAACAAGCUGCCUCUCGGUUCCGUAUUCCAUACUGGGAUUGGAGCUUGCUGGCCCCUGCUGGCGAAACGCAUCUUCCGGACUGCUUCUGGAGCCCAGUGAUUAUGCAGUAUGGGCCAAACGGGGCACAGCACAUUCGCAACCCGCUCUUCUCGUACGCGUUCCAUCCUCUGGAUGAAGAUGCCUUUAUUUGGAAUCCACUCAAAAAAUGGAACGAGACCAAGCGAGCCCCGAACAUGAGCGUCAGCGAGUCUGCACCGAUUUCGGAAAAUUUUCAGGUCAGCGCCGCACUCUUAUCGAAAUUGCCCGAAUUACAGCAGCGGCUCUAUAUCAUCUUCUCGAAUUAUCACGAGUUUAAUGCCUUUAGCAACAAAGCAUGGGCAGCAUCUCAAAAGGCGUCAAAUCUCGAUUCCCUCGAGUCAAUCCACGACGUGAUUCACUUGUAUGGGGGCUUGAAAGGACACAUGACCUAUGUUCCGUUAUCGUCAUUUGAUCCCCUUUUCUUUUUGCACCACACAAUGGUAGAUCGUCUUGUGUCAAUGUGGCAAGUGCUAAACCCGAAUGCGUGGAUUCAGCCAAUGGCAACCGGUGAGACAAGCUACACGGCGCCAAAAGGAACUGUGCAGGAUUCCACCAGUCCCUUGGUUCCGUUUUAUGCUACACCAGAUACUUUUUGGACUUCAGAUACGUCUCGAACGACUGAGAUAUUUGGAUACACCUACAUUGAUACACAUCUGCACGUCGGCGAUAGAGUUGCCCAACAGCAGUCGCUUGUGCGGAAAAUCAAUAGCUGGUACGGCACAUCCAGCCCCGCGGGGAUUGCCGCAAAAGAUUCUCAGCUCAGAGUCGCUGCAUUGGAAAACACGGGCAGACCUUGGAGCACAAAGGCUUCGAAAGGUAUGCCCAACAUUAGGCUGACAGCCAUGGACCCUCCUGUGGACAAGAUUGUCAAGGCCGGCGAGUACACGGAAUGGAUUGCCAAUGUCCAAGUCAAUGUCGAGGCCUUGGAAGGGGUUUUUGACGUGCAUUUCUUUGCGGGUGCACCGGCGGACAAUUCGGCGGAUUGGGCAUUGUCGCCGAAUCAAAUCGGCACCGUGGCCAUUUUUGCCAUGAAUCGGUCAACAGGAUCGCAGUCGAAAAUAUCUGGCACUUUACCACUGACGUCGGCGCUCAUGAAACUCGUCGCGACUGGAGCGUUGCCCAACUUGGAGCCAGCUUCAGUCACACCUUUUCUUCGGCGUACAUUGGAGGUCAGGGUACGCAGCCACAACGACAGUGUGAUUGAGUUGGCCCGUGUCGAGGGCCUGCAUAUUGAAAUUACCAGCGCUAGCGUAAAGGUGCCUGAAAGCGAGGUCAAGCUCCCUACGUGGGGUGAGGCCAGGUCGGAGUGGACGAUGUGGCGCGACGAAGCAUCAUAG